AUGACACAAGAAUUCAACGAGACAAUCGUCAUCACUCAUCCUGCCACAUUGAUAUCACAUACGAGAUCUAGAGCGACCCUCAAGAAGCGGAUUUUCGUAUGUUGUGACGGAACAUGGGAAGAUGGAAUUCUUAAGAAAGAACGUUCUAAGUACACAAAUAUUCUGCGUCUUGCAAGGGCCAUCAAUCACGCCGAUGAACGGUUGACGCCUCCGAUCUCCCAGAUUGUAUAUUAUCAACCAGGAAUGGGUGCUGCACCCAAUAUGUAUGAUGAAGUUGUGAACGGCACCACAGGCGCGACGAUAGGUGAUAAGGUCGAGGAGGCUUAUGCAUUCAUUGCUCAGAACUAUGUACCUGGAGAUGAAAUUUUUCUCUUUGGCUUCUCCAGAGGGGCGUACACUGCACGCAUGGUUGCAGAUUUCAUUGGUGCGAUUGGUGUGCUUAAUCGUACGGACAUGGAUCAUUUUGGCGAUAUAUUUCUCGCGUUGCAGAAGCGAGGAAAAACAAACGACCAAGAUGAGAUCGAAGCUUUGGACAAACACCUAGCACCUUGGACAAGCCCUGACUCUCCCGGAAAGCAACGCGCGGAUUCAGGAGCGUACGGAUUUUCAGUGAAGUGUGUUGGCGUUUUCGAUACGGUUGGUCAUCUAGGGUUGCCCGGGGAGCUCAUUCUGCACUCUGAGAAGGCCAGAGCCUUAUAUGGGUUCCGUGACAAAUUGCUUGGCGAGCACAUCGAGCGCGCUUUUCAAGCGCUAGCUCUCAACGAGGCUAGGAAGGAUUUCGAUUGUACCAAGUUUGAACAGACAGAAACAGGGAGGCAGAAACAUCAGGUUCUCAAACAGUGCUGGUUUACAGGGUCGCAUUCCGACAUUGGCGGGGGUUACGAGCAACAUGAUCUUUCCGAUUUGACUCUCACAUGGAUGGCAGCCAAUAUCCAGGAUAUUGUCUCACUAGAUACAGGGUAUUUGGCCUCCUUGCUCGAUCCUGUAGCUCCAUGGGGGGAGCAGAAGCCUCACGACUCUAUUACGGGUAUUUUCCGUCUGGCAGAUACUAUCCAGCGCACACUUCCCACGUCCACCAACGAAGUCACGCAUGAGACCAUUCACCCCUCCGUUCUCAGACAGAAGGACCUAUAUCCCGCUCUGACUAACGAUCUGGAAAAGAACUUUUUACGCAUCGUCAGUUCGCUUCUCCCACUCGAGGAGGAGGUGAGGAGCAAGUGGCUCUGCAAUGGGGUCGAAGCUGCUUGA